CAGGAAAUUAUAGGAGAACUGCAAGUCGACUAAUCCACAUCGAACCCCUCGACAAGUUCAUACUCAACAAGAUUCAAUUUUUUCUGUAAGCCAGUACUCAUCAAAAUCUUAUCAAGACGUCUGAACACCCGUCUCAACUAGGACGCAUCGACGUCUACUUCGAUUACCACCUGGUGUACGAAGACUGCGGUUGCUGGGAUUCAAACCGGAAGCACGGAACCUUUCACUCUAACACGAAGAGGGACUGCCACCGCGGAAACCCCCAUUACGCGAUCAAGCUGGGAUGCUGCCCAGAUUGAAGGUUGAAGGACUACUCCGGACUAAGAGGCUGGUGCAGGGACGUGGUGAUGAAGCUGCCUCCGUGGCCAUACCACACCGCCGAGCCCGUGAAACUAUCCGACGGACAAUAAAUGUUGCGGGCGAGUCGCCUGAGCCAGUGGAGAACUGGAAUGGUCAGAUCUCAGGUCAUAAUCGCGAUUAUGAAGGCAGAGGCAGAGAGAAGUAAAGCCUUUUUCCAAAACUUAUCUGCGAAUUAUGCUCCGGAGGGAGAAGACGAUGUCCCGCUCGCAGAACCAGCUCUUCUCUUCGGCCCCAAUGGGGGAGGAUACGACGACGUCCUUGCUCUUACCGAAGACCUUAACUCGGCGAAGUACUUCGAUUGCGGUUGCAGUACCGAAGGAGAGGGUCUGAAGAUGAUCCCCUGUGGACACACGAUCCAUUAUUCGUGCUUCAAGAGUUGAUACAAGGACUCUUCGGGGGAAGGAAUCCGAUGCUCCGCCCGCGAAAGAAGAUACGCCACUCUUGAGGCCCAGCAGUGCUCGCUCGCAGAAUGUACUGCAGCAGGACAGGGAUGACAGCUGCCAUAACUAGGAGAAAUUAAGAUCGUCCUGCGGACAAGCUAGAAAUGAAUAACUUGUGCCCUAAUCAUUCGCGAAAAUGCAAUGG